CUGGGCCGUCUUGUUCCAUCGGAAGCAUCUUCUAUCUCAACAGCCAUCAAGAGACCGUGUUGCGUGUUAUGUUCUGGGCUGAGUGUGAUAGGUCACGCUGGUGAUGAGAGUAGUGGCAGUAGUAACAGUAGUGGUGAUGGUGGUGGUGGUGGCACGCUUCAUACUGUUGUGUACAGAAAGCUCCACUGGGUCAAGGUGUGAGGAGAGCUGAGGCUGGCUGAGUGAGGAGUAUUGCUAGGGAAGGAAAGAAGGCAGCACCAGAAUGGCUGAAGAGGAGAAUGUGAAGGUGGCAGUUCGGGUUCGGCCAAUGAAUAAACGCGAGCUGGGACGGAAGGCCAAGUGCAUAGUGAGCAUGAAGGGAAAUAUCACAACGGUCACCAAUCCUGAUGAUGCGGCUGAUGUCAAGUCCUUCACCUAUGACUACUCUUACUGGAGCUUUGAUGGCUACAAGGAGGAGCCCAAUGGGUACUUUGCUAAGCAAUCACCCAACUCAAACUAUGCAGAUCAGAACACAGUGUACAAUGAUCUGGGAGGUGGAGUCUUAGCAAACGCCUGGGCUGGUUACAACUCCACACUGUUUGCUUAUGGUCAGACAGGCUCUGGAAAAUCUUGGUCUGUCAUCGGAUAUGGAGCCAAUAAAGGAAUUGUACCACUGUUCUGCAAUGAUCUGUUUAAUGGCAUCACACAAAACACAGAGGAGAAGGAGUUUGAGGUGAGGUUCAGCAUGUUGGAGAUCUACAAUGAGGUGGUGCAUGACCUCCUCAACCCCACCAAGAACAAGAAAGGCCUCAAGGUCCGCCAGCACCCAAAGAAAGGCUUCUAUGCUGAAGGCCUCAAGAUGGCUCUGGUGACCAACUACAAUGAGAUUGAACAGAAGAUGAAUGAGGGCACCGUGAACCGCACCAUUGCCUCUACCAACAUGAACGCCACCUCAUCCCGUGCCCACACCAUCGUCGGCAUCACCUUCAUUCAGAAAUUCAGAAAUGAUGUAGGACAAGAAACAGCAAAGCAAGCAGUGGUGAACCUGGUGGAUUUGGCUGGCAGCGAGCGUGUGGAGAGCACAGGAGCCACAGGGUCACGCCUCAAGGAGGGUGCUGCUAUCAACCGCUCCCUCUCCUCUCUUGGGAACUGCAUCCAUGCCUUGGCGGAGCGCUCCAGUGGCAACAAGGUUCGAGUGCCUUACCGGGACUCCACCUUGACACGGCUGCUCAUGAAUGCCCUGGGAGGGAACAGCAAGACAAUAAUGAUUGCCGCCAUCUCGCCAGCUGACAUCAACUAUGAGGAGACACUGUCCACCCUCCGCUUUGCUGACCGUGCCAAGCAGAUCAAGACCAAGGCUGUGGUGAAUGAGGACCCCACAGAGAAGCUCCUGCGGGAACUGAGGGAGGAGAAUGAGAAGUUGAAGAAGAUGAUGCAAGGUGGCAAGAUUGAUAAGGACUUCAUUGAUUCUGAUGGGAAUGGUAUUGAUGACCGAGCUGAAGGAGACCUGAAGAAGAAGUGGGAAGAGGAGAUGAAGGCAAGGAUGCUGGAGAAUGAGCAGGAGAUGAUCAACAUGAAGAAGAGCUAUGAAGAGAAGCUCAAGAUGGCCCAGAAGGAUUCUGUAGACCCAAGCAUUGCCAAGAAGGAGCAGGACAAGAGCCACAAGCCGCACAUAUACAACCUCAACGUGGACCCCAUGCUGUCUGGCCGCAUCAUUCACAUCCUGAAACCUGGCAUGAAUACAGUGGGAAAUCGAAAGGGUGUGGAAUCUACCAUCAUCAUGGUCAGCCCCAGCAUCCAGGAGCAGCAUGCAGAGAUCACAGUGGGACAGGGAGGCAAGGUGACUGUCAAGCCAACCAACACAGACUGCCGUGUGCUAGUGAAUGGCUCACAGGUGCAGGGAGAGACCACACUCUGCCACAAUGAUAGACUUGUGUUUGGGGCCACACAGAUGUGGGUGUUCCAGAACCCACUAGACAAGAAGGCAGCCAAGAUGAACAAUCAGGACAUCACUUUUGAGUAUGCACAGGAGGAGAUUGCUGCCAAGAGUGGUGUUGACAUGUCAAGCAAAGGUGAUGCAGAGUGGUCCCGUGUCCAGGAAGACCUGCUGGAGGUGAUGCCGGCAGUGGAGGAAGCUAAUUCUAUCUCAGAGGAAUUGGAUAAGCUCGUCAAGUUUGAGAUUCUGAUGGUGGCACCACAGGUGCUUGGCAAUGAACGUGGCCGGACAGAGGUUCAUGUCAAGAUGAAGAAUCUCUCUAAUGGCACUGAAUUUGUAUGGAACAAAGAGAAAUUCCUAAACCGACUCUAUCUAAUGAAGGAAAUGUACCAGAAAUAUGAAGAUGAGGAGGAGUGGCAGAAACCUGAUGAGGAAGACCCAUUCAAGGAGUCACUGGACACAGAGGUUCACAUUGGCACCACUCAGGUCAAUCUGCAGCCACUUGCCUACAAUGUGGAGCUCAAGGAACAACUGGAGAUUACUAAUUACAAGGGAGCUGAUGUUGGACUUAUGAAUGUGGAGCUGGUGCCUUGUGACAGCUCAGGCCAUGAGUACACUGAGGCAGAUGACAAGUUUGUGGAUGAACCUGUUGACUUGGUGGGGAAAUCUAUGCACUUCAAGGUUAAGAUCACCAGCUGCAAUGGUCUGCCCAACAAAUAUGCAGAUAUGUACUGCACCUAUCGCAUUUAUUUGGAGGAAGAGGAUACGAAAACUAAGACUGUGUCAGAAACAUCAAAUCCGACCUUUGGCCACUCCAAGAUGUUCUCCUUCUCUCCAGUGACUGAACAACUGGUGCACUACCUCAAGAAUGGGACCUUGAAUGUGAAGGUGAUGGGCAAGCAGAGAGUGAGACGCUCAGCAAUGCCUUACAACAAAGGCCUCACUACUAGGGACCUGCUCAAGUCAGACCGUGCUGUGUUUUCCAGGACGGCAAACCUAAUGAACGGUUUCCAGAUGAACGGCCGUGUUGUGGACCCUCAGAAGCAGUCCAUCAUUGUUGAACUGUUGCUCAUGAAGAAGACCCAAGCUCGCCUGCAGCAGAAAGUGGACUCAGUAAGGAAGUUGGUGAAGGAGGCUGAGAACAUUUCCAAGAUCCGAGUGUCCACCAGCCUGCUCAAGGAGGUGCUGCAGGCCAACUCUCCUGAGCAGGCUGACAUGAUCAUUAGAAAGAUUGCAGAUGAGCCAGACUAUGAGGGAUAUGGCCCGGGGAGUGGCAUGUACAGCAGCUCAGUGUGUGCCGUGCUCUAAGGUGACGUCCAGCAUUCUGAUCCAGACACCUCCUCUCUCACCAUCUCCUGCCUUAAUUAGGUUUUGUUUUGUGAAAUGACCUGAAAAGAGUAGCAAAAAGUUUUGUCAGAGGCUUGGUAUUACUGAAAUGGGAGUCACUUGAAAGACUCAGUAAUGGUGAUAGUGCCACUGGUCAGUGUGAAGAGGAAUUUUCACAUAAACAACAGAACAUACCCAGAUCUGUGAGGAAUUAAGAGUCACCUGACAAAAGUUUCACCAUAACUGUUUCCCUUAAUGGGCAAACACAGCAAAGGUAAUUUUGUGUGUACAUAUGUAUACAGAAUGCUUUAAAGUGAAUCCACAAUGAGGCAGAGAUGCUGGAGCCAGUCAGCUGAUCCUAGAGAAUGAAAUGUGGCAGUGUUAAUUGUACAGUAAUCUGUCACUGGAGAAGGCAAAGGAGGGUGACAGGAGGAAAGGUUUCUGGCCACUGUUUUUCUAAGAGAUCAGCCAGUGAGUACAAAACUGAAGAGAAGCCUGCUAACUGCAACUCCCCCCAAAAUAUAUAUAUAUAUAUAUAUAUAUA